AUGAGAAUCAGUAAAACAGAGGUGAACUUGAGGAGGCUGCUUGCAGCUGCUCCUCAGCAACAAAACCAGUCAAAACUUGUACAUUAUGUUGCUACUUUACGAGAACAGGUAGAACAACUAGCUGAGGAGAGAACUCCAGAAGGCUUACCAAGAGUUGCAAAGGCUGUUUUGAGCGACUAUUCAGAGAAGAUCGAAGCAAUUGCUUCCAAAUUAGCUGCUCCUCUGCCUGAUAUUCAAGCACCCAAGGAGCCCUUUGCAAGAAUUUCUGUCAAAGCAAACUCUUCUGAUACAGGAGACAAUCAGAUUCCCCCUUCUCCAGGUCUGAGAAGGAGAUUUGGGCCUACCUCAAAUUCCGAAGAUGGAACUCGUGAGAUUCUUAGUGUUGAUUCUUCAGCGCCUGUGAAACUGGAUGCUGCAGCCCAAGCACACAUUGAAAAACAUAGAAAGCUUCAAGAGGAUUUGACCGAUGAAAUGGUUGGAUUGGCAAGGCAACUCAAAGAGAGUAGUCUCAUGAUGAAUCACUCGCUGCAAGACGCUGAAAAAAUACUUGAUUCUACAGAGAAGGCUGUUGAAAGUAGCUUGGCAAGCACUGGCCAUGCCACUACACGGGCGACCAAGAUAUACUCGAAGACGUCCAAAACUACAUGUUUCACAUGGCUUCUUUAUAGCCCAGCGCAGCCCAGUCCAGUCCAAUCUAACCCAACCCACACGUGGGCCCCACCCAACAGAAAACCGGAUGACGUGUCGACCUGCGGGGCUUCCACUGCUGCCAACAAGCAGUCGUCCUGGCUCAGAGGCGCGUGGAGCAAAUCUCCAGCAAAGCACGAAGCAUCCCACCCAUUGGAGCGUGAUAAACACGAGCCGCAGUUUAAAGAACCCAAGAAAGGAAGCGAAGUUGGUCUGAAAACUUUUGCCUGCGGACACUGA